AUGAUUAGAAGACAGGCCAGAGAGAGAAGAGAAUAUUUAUAUAAAAAGGCACUUGAGUUGCAAGAGACUGCUCAGCUUGAAAAGAGACAAAAGUUGAAAGCUGCACUUGCAUCUGGUAAACCACUCUCAAAAGAAUUGAGUGAAGACACCGAACUUCAUAAGAAUUUCAGAUAUGAUGAGAGUGAACAGACAGAAAUCGAUGACGAAUACCUGGCCAUGAGUGGUGUAAAUGAUCCAAGAAUCAUCGUGACCACAUCCAGAAACCCAUCGGUCAAGUUGCUACAGUUUUCGAAGGAGAUUAAAUUGAUGUUUCCAAACUCCAUGAAGCUAAAUAGAGGAAGUUACAUCAUUCCCGAGCUUGUCAAGUCGUGUGCCAAAGCCAACAUUAAUGACUUGAUCGUGUUACACGAACACAGAGGUGUUCCAACGUCAUUAACUAUCUCGCAUUUCCCCCACGGCCCUUCGGCCAUUUUCACCUUGCACAACGUCAAAUUGAGACAUGAUUUGCCUAACAUUGGAAAUAUUUCCGAGGUUUAUCCACAUCUCAUUUUCCAAAACUUCUCGACCAAAUUGGGUCAAAGAGUGGAGAAGAUCUUGAAGCAUUUGUUUCCUCCUGGAGCCAAGAAGGACAGUUCAAGAGUCAUCACAUUCAUCAAUAACGACGACUUCAUCAGCGUUAGACAUCAUGUUUAUGUCAAAACCAAAGAAGGAGUGGAGUUGAGUGAGGUGGGCCCAAGAUUUGAGAUGAAGCUUUAUGAAUUGAGAUUGGGGUUGAUUGAUAACAAAGAUGCUGAUAUUGAAUGGAAGACCAGAAGAUUUGUCAGAACGGCCAACAGAAAGAACUAUUUGGCGGAGUAG